AUGUCUACUCAGUCGCAGUACGAGACCCACACCGCCGAUGGCGACCAGAGGAACGCCCCUGGCCCUAACCCCGAUGUCGGCAUGCACCACAACGACAACCGAAAGGACCACGAGAAGGGCCAGCCCGAGUCGCACCAGUCGCUCGACGCCAAGGACGAGAAGUCCAUCAAGAACAAGCUUGCCCAGGCUGGCAAGGAGGAGAAGGAGCGCGCCCAGGCCGAGAAGGAGAAGGAGGACGAGAAGCCCACGGACGCGGCUCGCAAGCAUGGCAACGAACCUAGCCGUGGUGCCAAGAUCGACGAGCAGAUCGAGGAGGAGGAGCGCAAGAUGCUCGAGGCCAAGGGCAUCAAGACCUAA